UAACUAUGGCCCUACGUGCUGCGAUUUUGCGGAGAGAGAGAGGUAGCUCCAUCUCAGCUUGGGAGAUUUGUUCUCGCUCUUGGUCCUCAUGGCGCAUGACAGGGCAGCAGGAUCUGCUGCGGCUGCCGCAGCCGCAGCUGAGGGAUGUGCGCCAGGCCUUGGGCGAGCUGCAGCGCUGGAGGACGCGCCCGGCGCAGGGCACCGCGCUGCUCCGCGAGAUCGCGCGGUAUGGCAGGGCCGACCUGGCAGAGCAAGUGCUCCGCACCAUGCAGCUUGCGAGGCUCCAGGCGAACUUGUUCCACUUCAACGCGGCACUCAAUGCAUACAGAGACUGGGAAGAGGCUUUGGCCAUGUGCAGUCGGAUGCUGGUGCUGGGCCUCGCGCUGGACGAGUUUAGCCUCAGCAGCGUGACCGGCCCCUGGCCGCGGGCGUUGCAGCUCCUCGGCUACAAGCAGUUGCAGCCCAAUAUCGUCCGCUACAACGCAGCCAUCAGUGCUCUCCGCAGCCUUUGGGUGGCGGCGGCCGAGCUUUUGACGUGUCUCCAGAGGAGUGCCCAGAGGGACGACUUCAGCGUCAGCGCUUUGGUCGCCUCCUAUGGUGAGGGCGGCCAGUGGCAGCGCGGCCAGCUUCUGCUUGGCGGAGGAGGUGUGCCUUACAAUGCAGCGAUCUCCGCCUGCGACCUCGCAGACCAAUGGCAGAUGUCUCUGCAGCUGCUACUAACGGCAUGCCUCUUGAGGCUGCCGCCCCAGGCAGCGCGCGUUGGCGCGGCGGCGGCGGCCACUGGCGCGGCGUCCGCUUGGCGGAGUGCCUGGCGCCUUUGGGAGGAGAUGCAGAUGCUGCAGCUGAAAGCCAACGAGAUCGUGUGCGGCAGCGCGCUGAGGGCCUGCGGUUCGCGGGGGCUUUGGGCGGAGACCUUGGCGCUGAGAAGUGCGGCGAAGGCGCAGCAGGUAUCCAACGCCAUUUGCGAGAGCAUGGUGACUUUGGCGUGUGAGCAGGCCUCGCUGUGGCGCUGCGCCCUGGCCACGCUGCCCUCAGAGCCCCCGAUGGAUGCCACGGCCAUGGCCAUCGGCGCCUGUGGAUCCUUGCGGAAGUGGGCCUUGGCGCUCUUCCUGCGGGCAGGCGACUCCGAGUCCGGGACCCGCGCGGCGCUGGGCUCCUGCGCCAGCGCGGGGCGCUGGGAACUGGCGCUGCAGCUCUGCGGCGGAGGCGCCACGGAGCCAGGAGUGCACGGAGGACUUCGCGCAGUGGCGAAGGGCCGGCGAUGGCCUGUGGCCUUCCAACUGCUGCGGCGCAUGCCGCGCUGGCGCCUCGCCGCCGGCGAGGUGUCCUACUCCAUUGCGCUGGAUGCAUGUGACACAGUCAGCGCGUGGUCUGCUGCCCUCAACGUGCAGAAGCUACGAUCGGCGAAUCAAGGCGCGGUGGUGGCAGCGUGCCAGAGGCGGCUUCCUGGGCGGGGCACAACGCACGGGCAUGGCUUCAAUGAG